UUUCUUUUCCGCAUUGCUGGUCACUCCCGAGCUUUCGUUCGUGCACAGCACACACUGCACUCGUUGCAAUCGAUAUUCAAAGCAGCUAAUAAUUAAUAUUCAUUUCUGUCGCCUAUAUAUGUCCGAGGGAUAUAGAAAUAGCAGUAAGCAACGAAAUUACACAUAAUGAAAGAUUCCAUCGUUCUUUUCCAUUCAUUUCAUUUUCCCAUGUUUGAUCUUACUUUUUAUUUGCGAUCUUCUAUUCGCCGCAGCUAAACUUAACACUUACGCGCAUAUAAUAGUUGUGAUGAAGUAAAUUACGAAAAUAUGUUGAAAAUGUACGCUAGUGUAUCUACUGACGAAUUUUUUAACGAUCGUCUUUUUCGCCUUAACAAAACGUUUCUCAAAGUUUAUGGUCGCUGGCCUUAUCAAAGCUUAAAAAUUCGGACGUCGAUUGUAGGUAUCAUGUGGAUUGCUAUAUUGACUGUCGUUAUUCCAGAGGUAAUAUAUUUUAAAGAAGUGAUAGAUGCAAAAAAUUGGAAUAAAGUUGUUGAUUGCUUGACAGCUUUAAUUGCAACAUAUGGAUCAUUUAUUUUUAUUGCGAACAGCAUAGUUCAAUUCGAUAAGAUGACGCAAACGCUUGAAGAGAUGCACAGGAAUUGGAGAAAUGUGGGAGACGAUAAGGAAGUAGCGAUUUUAAGGAAACACGCGAAAACAGGAAAAAUGUUGAUUUUGGUGUAUUUAUGUAAAACAUUUAUAAUAAUACGAUUAGCUCAAAAUAUUAACGUUGCAAUCGAUUAUUCAACAUACAUUUCAGAUCUAUGUACAGGGACGAUUACUUUCUUUUGUACCAUACCAUUCUUUCCUUUUUUUAUGGAUAUUAUUAGUCCUUUGAACGAAUCUCGUCCUGUAACUAACUUACUCCAAGUGCAGUAUUAUGUAGAUGAAGAGCAGUAUUAUAUUCCAAUUUACCUACAUGGUCUACAAGCUGCUCUUGCAGUUGUCUAUACAUUCAUAACGUUUGAUUCAUAUUUCAUCAUGCUCGUAGAGCAUGCUUGCGGCAUGUUUUCUGUACUAGGUUACAAAGUUCAAAGCAUAAGCAGACUAAACUAUGAAACAAUAAUAUUGAAUUCGUGGCGCCAACAUGAGCAGUUUAUAUCAGCUAAACUUGGUGAAACCAUACGGUUUCAUUGGGAUUGUCUUAGGUUUAUCAGCUUAAUUGAAGAUUCUUUAACCAUUGCGUGGCUAUUGCAGCUGUUUUUGAAUAUGAUCAUUAUCAGCGUUUGUGGAGUACAAACAAUUACACGCACUAAUGAGCCCGUGCAUAUGCUACAAUUUUUCAUGAAUACAACGUCUACAGUAUUUCGGUUAUUCUACAUUUGUUGGUCAGGACAAAAAAUAUCAAAUCAUAGUAAUCAGUUUUACAGUAUUUUAAAUAAUAUUCCAUGGUAUGAUUUUCCCCAAAAGUCGAAAAAGUUGCUGUUGCUUAUGAUGUUACGAAGUUCGUCGCCAUGUUACAUUACUGCUGGUAAAAUGUUGUAUUUAAAUUUUGAUACUUAUUGUACGCUCAUGAAAACGUCAAUGUCUUAUUUAACUAUGAUUUUAUCAACUCAAUAAUUUAAAAUUGGAAAAUGUUCAUUUUAUAAAGAAGUGAACCAUACGAAGAAGAAAAAAAUCAUCCAUUUAUGGAUUUUCUAUUCUUUAUUACUCGUCAGAAAUAUUUUGUAGUUACUGAAUAAUAAUCUAUUUUAUGAGCAUUUCAUUUUGUCAGCAUAUCAUUUUACAAUUUAUUCAAGAACACAGAUCUAUAUUUCACCAUAAUAUCUAAUAGCCAACUACGAUAUUUUAAAAAUAUGAAACUAUCUUUGAUAGUAAAAUUGGGUUAUGGUUUGGCGAAAAAAUACAAGAAGAAUCAGUAAAAAUAACAAAAUAACACUAUUUUGCAUCAAUCCGUAAUGACUUGAAACUAUACUCUCAUUCUGAAAAAGAUUUUUAAUUUUCGUCAUUUAUUAAAAUAA